GAAAUAUUAACUCCAGAGGCUUAAGAGUCGUACCUCUCCUUCCCCGCAAUUAGUCCUCCUCGUUGCGAAAGAGUCUCUUUGUGCGGUGAUCUCGGCUUAAUCCAUGCCGAAGUGUUUAUGAUUCUCUUGUUGAACUGACGUCAAAAAUUGCAUAAGUAGAUAUCUUCCACUGUAAGUAGGUGUAGAUAACAUAGAAGGUGUUGUGAACAGGAAAAUGAGGUUCCUUCAGAUAUCCGUCUUAACGCUGCUACCGCUGUGGCUAGCACCCACUGCUGCAGCUUUGAAUAUUCCGCAUAACAACGUCUGCACAGUGAAAGCAAAUGGACACCAGAAAGAUGAUGUGCCAAAUAUUAUGGCUGCUUUUCGACGCUGCGGGAGAGGGGGAACAGUCAUAUUCCCCAAAGACCAGUCUUACUGGAUCGCUUCACGAUUAAACCCUAUUUUGAACGACGUGAUGAUUCAAUGGCAUGGUCAAUGGACUUUCUCUGCUGAUCUUGACUAUUGGCGUAACAACUCCUAUCCGAUUGCUUUUCAGAAUCACCACGCCGGCUUCAUAAUCACUGGCAAAAACAUUACUAUUGAUGGUUAUGGGACCGGUGGCAUCAAUGGCAACGGAAACGCAUGGUAUGAGGCAGAGAAGGGCAACACUCAACCUGGACGACCGAUGCCGUUCGUCUUCUGGAAUGUUUCUGAUGUCGUCGUGGAGAAUUUCUUCGUUAAGCAGCCUCCGCUGUGGAGUUUGAACAUCAUGAAUGGCACUAAUAUGCGUUUUAACAAUAUCCAAUGCAAUGCUACAGCGCUGAAUGCCCCGUAUGGUGAUAACUGGGUCCAGAACACAGACGGUUUCGAUACGAUGGAUGUCAACAAUGUGAUGCUGUCGAAUUUCGUUUAUCAGGGCGGAGAUGACUGCGUGGCGAUCAAGCCUAGGUCUCACAAUGUCGAUAUUCGUAACGUCACCUGCGUUGGCGGGAAUGGGAUCGCAAUCGGUAGUCUAGGACAGUACCUGGAAGAUAAUUCCGUUUCCAAUAUCCUGGUCGACAAUGUGACCACCAUCAGAUACAACGACGACCUGACCAACAGUGCUUAUAUCAAGACUUGGGUCGGGGCAUUAGUCCCCCAAAGUUCCUAUGAGAGUGCUGGCCUUCCUAGAGGAGGAGGCUGGGGCAGCAUCACAAACGCCCUAUUUUCCAAUUUCAAUGUCCAGGGAGCUAGCAGUGGCCCAUCGAUCAAUCAAGACAGCGGAGACAAUGGCUCGUAUUCCGGAUCGAGUCUCAUGAGCAUCUCCAAUGUCGCCUUCGUGAAUUUCACUGGUUACACGAAUGGUGGAUCUGACGUGACCUCUUCCAUAUCGUGUUCAAAAGUCCAUCCAUGCUAUAAUAUCGCGUUUGAGAAUGUGGACAUUCUUCCCGGAAAGAACGGGACAAGCCCAGGAAAAGGUUCUUGCAAGUACACUGCUGAUGGAGGGGUUCAUGGCCUUGAUGGGUGCUAGGACCAAGUCGUGGAUUUCUGCUGUCUUCUUCCGUGUUAUUUCCUGCUUAAAGUAUACAAACUCAUUGUCAAUACACAAAUUAAAAAUUGAACACUCAAAUUGUAGAUAUGUUUCAGAUGCAUUACUUACUUAUUGGAAGAGCGUUCGUUCCACGGAAAAGCAGCGAUGGUCCGUGCGCGUUAAGGCGUGGUGACAUAGGGCGCGGUCCGUCGAAUACUUCUCUUGAAUCUUACC